UUUAAGUAAAUGACGUUUACCAUUAAGUGUGAAAAGUUAACACUUAGUAUUUUUAUUUUUUUUUGUAUAUAACAAUCAACCAUCGCUCGUAAACUAUAUGCAAUUGCCUCCUAGAACUUGAUGAAGUAGUGGAAAUUUUCUUUCUCGUCUAAACUCCAUUUUCAGGAGAAACGGCAAAAAACAACUUUGUUCAGAUGGUGAUGAGCACAGGUCCUCCACUAGCUUCAGCUACUGAUUCGGCUCCAGUUCAACGCACUAACUUAGAGGCCAAUGUUAAACCGGCCAUGAAUCUUAUUCAUGUGCACACAGAUCAGCUUCCAAACCAUGAAGAAGCACUACAAGAGAACUCCCUAGCUGAAGAUGAUGCAGGCUCUGACCAUACUGACGAAUAUGCAGUUUCUUGAACUUGCUUGAUGGGUACAAAAGAUAUAUCUAGCAAACGAUCGGAGACGAAAACCGAGUUUGUCAAAAACAAAAUCGCAGUCGACGGAAACUGCGAUACUAAGAACGUAAUUCGAGAUUCUUAGACGCAUCCAAGUUCAGGUCUUUGAAGGAGAAGAUCAAUAUCACAAUAUACGUUUCAGCUUCUCGCGAUGGUCUGUUUCAGACUCACGGGGAAAUCCAGCAAACGAUUGGAGACAAAGAACAACGAGUUUGCCAAAAACAAAAUCGCAGUCGAUGGAAACUGCGAUCGUAAGAACGUAAUUCAAAAUUCUCAUACGCAUUCUAGCUCAGUCAGUCCAUGUGGAGAUGUAAACAAGGAUAUAACUACUAAGGAGGAUCAAUUAGCUUUCGACGCGAAGGAUUCGAAUGUGGAAUAUGAAGUUUCAGGGAAGAAAGCACAGAAUUUCACCUUAGAGGAACUCUCUGUUUCUACAGGAAACAUCAGGUCGGAUUGUUUCCUAGGCGAAGGAGGUUUCGAAAAAGUUUACAAAAGCUUUAUUGACAAACUCGAUGAGGAAUCAGAGAGUUCGUGUGAAUUGUUGACACUAAGUCUCGCUGAUCAUGAGAACCUUGUAAAGCUUAUUGAUUUAUGUGCUCAAGGUGUUCAGAGGCUCUUGAUCUAUGAGUACAUGCCACUAAGAUCUCUUGAAAAUUACCUCUAUGAUCUUCCUCAUGGUAAGAAACCGCUUGUGUGGAGCACUCGGAUGAAGAUAACAGCUGGUAGCGAGAUGUUUGGAAUAUCUCCACAAUACAAUGCUUCUAAGGCUAAUGCUCUCAAGGACAAGGCUGCAGAAGUGAAAAAGAAUGCGAAGCCUGAAGCAGAUGAUCCUGAAUCAAGCAAGAAGAGAGCCAAUGAAGCAGCACCCAAAAAACCCGUGUCUGCAAAGAAGGCUAAAGAUGAAGUAACUCCGAAGAAAAUAUAUUUAUUUGGCACAGAGGAUAAGAAGAAAGGACACACCGCAACGCCCCACCCAACAAAGAAAGGUGGAAAGACUCCAGCGACUGCAACUCCAGUCUCAUGUGGUUCAUGCAAGAAGUCAGACUCUCUCUCUAUAUUCAACUCCGAGAAUGCACUUGAGUCUCACAACAAGGCCAAGCACUCUGCUGCCAAGUGAAGUGGUUUCUUAGAGCCAUCAACAACUCCUAUGCUUUGGGUUUUGAGAAAGAUCAUUGUGAUAUCUUUGGAUUUUUGUUUCUAGCCUUUAUCAAAACCUUCGGAUUUUUUUCUUUCUUUUAUUGAAAAAUAAGUCGUAAUGAAAAGAAAGGUAAUUGGAGUACGACUUGAUACUGUUGGAUGCUUUUUUAGUUUCUUACCGUUUACACUUCCAAAGGUUGAAGAAUGCAAAUUCAGUAUAUUGACGAA